UCAUGUAUUCUCGGAAAAGUGCAGCUUCUUCAGUGGCAUACAAACCGGUGUCGCAAAUAACCGGCAGUACAUCGGAAGUGCAGAGUGGAUACACAGAGCAACAGCAGAAACUUUAUACGCAAUACAUGACCCAGUUAAGAGUAGAGUUUGAGGAACGAUGGUGCAAAAAACCCACAUUCAACAUGUGCUUUGAAGACCUAGAACAAAUAAAAACGCUGGGCACGGGUGCUUUUGGUAGAGUAGUGCUAUUAAAGCACUCUAAAAGUUACAGGUUUUAUGCGAUGAAAGUCCUUGACAAAGAGAAAAUAGUCAAAAUGAAACAAGUGGAACAUUCUUUGAACGAAAAACGGAUACUGGAGGCUAUACGCUUCCCGUUCACUGUAUCGAUGGAAUUCAGCCACAAGGAUAACAGUUAUAUUUAUUUCGUUAUGCCUUUUGUGCCUGGAGGAGAAAUGUUUAUGCAUCUGAGACAGAUGCACAAGUUUGAGGAGCCUUUAGCGAAGUUUUAUGCCAGCCAAGUGAUCUUAGCACUGGAGUAUCUGCACUUCUGCAAUCUUAUCUACCGCGAUUUGAAGCCUGAAAACAUAAUGAUAGACAGAACAGGCUACUUAAAAAUAACAGACUUUGGAUUCUGUAAGCAAGUGCAUGGCAGAACCUGGACUCUGUGCGGUACACCUGAAUAUUUAGCACCUGAAUUGAUCUUGAGUAAAGGCUACGGCGCGUCGGUAGACUGGUGGUCUUUCGGCGUUUUGUUAUUCGAAAUGAAUUCAGGAUAUCCUCCAUUUUAUGCGAGCGACCCGAUGAAGACAUACGAAAAGAUUGUCUCCGGAAAAUACAGAUGCCCAUCGAGUUUUAAUUCUAGUCUAAGAGAUUUGAUCCGAAAUACGUUGCAGGUUGAUAUAACAAAAAGAUUCGGAAUGAUGAGGAAUGGUGUGCUGGAUUUCAAAAAUCACGCUUGGUUUAAGGGAAUAGAAUGGGACUCCAUUUUGAAUUGUCGAACACCGCCUCCGUUUAUACCAAAGUAUAAGACUCCGGGAGAUACGAGCAAUUUUGAUCGUUACGAAGAAGAGCCGAUAAUUCCUGCUAGGACGUGCCGCUAUGAGUCGCAGUUUAUUGAUUUUUAGUGUAACAGUAAAUAAAUUCACACUG